AUGUAUUACAAUAUUGACUGCAUUCACUUGGUAGAAGACCUUGCACUAGAAUUGAAGGUUGAUGUCGAGAGCUUGGCAUAUACUUCCAAAUUGUCGAUCAAUAGUCGGAGAGAGCCUCGUCAAAUGGUCAGACCACUGUCUAGGAAGGAUAUUUUUUAUUCUGGAUCUGUUUUGAACUUACCGGAAUACAAAUCUCAGAAAUCUCUUACCAACUAUAGACAGAGCAUAUUAAGCAUACCCCAAAUAAAAGGAGAAGACGAUGGCACACGUAGAAAUCAAGAAUUGUUUCAAGAAAUCAAUAAAUCAAAUGACAAGGAGGAAAAUCCUAAAGAACACAAUCAAAGUAACUCAGUGUCGAUAAAAUCAAAAGAGAAGUCUAUUCCAGUUUUAGAUGCUGGUGAUAUAUGCCCUUGCCUGGUAUUACCUGAUAGUUUCAAAUCUGCACUGUCGCAAAUGUUGGACGUGAGCCUGUUGAAAAAUCCAGUAUUUUUAAUGAUCGGAAUUUCGAAUUUGUUCGGAAUGGCAGGAUUGUACAUACCUUUCGUCUACCUUGUUGAAUGCGCUAAAUUAGAUGGAAUUGAUUCUUCUCAAGCAUCUUUUUUGCUUUCCAUUAUCGGUAUAACAAACACUGUGGGUCGUCUGGUAUGCGGAUACAUAGCUGAUUUUCCACAAGUCAACGCACUUUUUGUUAAUAACUGUUGUUUAAUUAUAUCUACGAUCGCUGUAGCUUUAACUCCCCUUUGCCACACGUAUGGAUUGUACGUCACCGUAGCAAUCUUUUUCGGAAUCGCAGUAUCUGGUUACAUCUCUCUAACCUCAAUCAUCCUAGUGGAUCUACUUGGCUUGGAAAAGUUAACCAAUGCGUUUGGUCUUCUGAUUCUUUUCCGAGGAGCUGCAGCCAUAAUUGGUUCUCCGCUAGCAGGUGCCUUAUACGAUGCAACCAAUUCCUACGAUGUACCUUUCUAUGUCGGAGGGGGUCUUUUUGCCAUUUCAGCCAUUACUAGCUUUAUAGCACCCUGCCUGAAAUGCUUUGUUCCCUCCGACGAACCGGCACCUGGAGACGGUGACGCUCUCACGCCUAUUGACGAAGACGAAGAAGAAGACGAUGAACCAAUAACGAUGGGAGGGGGAAGUGGGAAGAACGUUAUUCCCACGAUAGUUGAAACAGCUACUUCAUCACCCGAUGAAAAGGAAGAGAUACAACUGAAAGAGUCUGUUUUAUAAGUAUGUUGGUAGUAGGUUCAUGAGUUGAUUAAGAUACCAUCGCCUGGAAAAAUGUUUACUUAUUAUUGGUUUUUCGUUCAAGUACAGUUCUUAAAUUUUUCUCUUAGUCACGUUACAGUCCAUUUUUUGAGGUAUACAGUACAUUCAAUUGGGCGGUAUUUCAAUCUCUUUAGAUAAUAAAUAACACAUAUAGCCUUACCAAAUCCAUCCUAAGCGCUAGAAUAUUCUAAUGAAGUCAGUGUUGUCGAAAACGAUAGGACUAGGCCAUAUAUUUCAAUUUAAGAAUUGUAUUUUAAUUAAAAUUAUGCUGAUUUAUAUGCAGCUAAGAGUUGUCUGUGAUAUUGACAUAAAAACCACAUUUGGAUUCUUUUAAGUGAUGGGAAGAACUUUUAUAUACUUUGGAACUAAUAUUUAAUAGUAUAUUGAAUAUUAUAGAUUUUUGUACGUAGCACCCAACCCACAAUUUUAAUUUUUUUAAAUUCCUAACAGAAUAUAGUUUUAAUUAUCUGUUUAGGACAAUGUCAACCUUUUUUUGUUAUAUAAAACAAGGUACAUGUCAGGGGGGAAUUUGGAGCACGUUGUAACCCCAUUAGUAUUCAAUAAUUUCAAUUGUAUUAAUCGUUGUGCGUUCAGUCUGAACUUUUCUAUGUCAAAAAAUAGGUUUAAGGUCUUAACGCACAAACGACGAUCUUAUUAAAAUCCGUAGAUUUCCGUGCAUGAUAUUGGCUAAUCAGGAUUGUGUGAAAAAUUUAAGGAAGAGCAUAAAUGAUGGCCUAGGAAGAAAUAAUUUCACGUAAUAAAGGAAGAACUGAAAACAAGAUCAUUGACAAAAAAACUAUAGAAAUACUCAAUAAGAUUUGGUAAAAUUUUCAAAAUAAAAAUGGAACAAAAAUAUGUUAAAGAUGAGCAACAUUCAUCAGAUGAACAAUGUUCCCUUUUUUAACACUGAAUAUGAUGUACAACCAUUCUCUAAAAAAGUCGUAUGGGUGCUUAUGAAUCACUUAAAAAACUUUAAAAACUAUUACAAUUUAAAAAAAAUACAAACUGGAACCUGCAUAAAGUACGAAAUAAUUGAACAUAACUGAUAAACAUUUUUCAGGUGAUAAAAUGUAACUGAUGCCAUUAAUUGUUUUACAAAAAGAUUAUUAUAUAUAACACUUGAUGGAUUAAAGAGAGAUAUCCAUCUACAAAUUAUGUGAGUUAACAUGUCGAAGUUUUAAAAAACUGUUUUAGAAAUUUAUUGAUAAAAAGAUUUUUAUAUAAAUAUCAAAGUACUAUUUAAAAAUGAUCUCUAUAUAAUUAAGAAUUUACUUAAAUCGAUUACAUUAAUUAUUUUUUAGUCCCACUUUAAAAUGUUUUAUUAAGGUAAGAUCUGUCUAAUUUACUACAUUUUGCAACUGUUUACUUUGACCAUAUCAUACUUGAUCAAAUAUGUUGGUGAU